AUGGCAGAUCAGAAGUUCUCGUCUUGUACUUUUAAGUUGAUCCGUCUGUGCGGAGAGGUUUUGGCCAACCCGACGGAGAAUGAAGAGAUCCAGUUCCUGGGUAUCGUGUGCUCCAAAUUAAAACAAGACCCGUACCUGGUCAACUUCUUCCUGGAGAAUAAGACGAAGCCCCUUCCAACAGUCGGAUCCUCAAACAGCCUCGGAGGACUUGUUGCGGGCAGCCCAGGGAAAGUACCUGCCAAUGACACAGGCCAGUCUCCGCUGCAGCCCAGCGAUGGGGUCGAGGCCAAUGGGUCUGUACCAGCAGCUCCCCCUAGUGGUAGUAUUACAGAUGACGGGGCUGAAGGUGGAGUCGUCGCUGCUGCUCCCCCUUGUGGAAGUUCUACAGAUGACGGGGCUGAAAGAGGAGUAUCUGCCAAUUAUGUGCAGCAGGACUACAACCUGGUGAAUUCCUUACUCAACCUGACCAAGAGCCCGGACGGCCGGGUUGCGGUGAAAGCCUGCGAGGGCCUCAUGUUAUUAGUCAGUCUUCCAGAGGCGGCUGCCGCCAAGUGCCUUACGCAGAACACCAGUUUAUGUGAGCUGCUCACCGACCGGCUGACCUCCCUGUACCGCGCUCUGCCGCAGUCCAUCGACCCGCUGGACAUCGAGACCGUGGAGGGGAUCAACUGGGGGCUGGACUCGUAUAAUGUUAAGGAAGACGCUUCAGCGUUCCCAGGGAAGAGAGCGCUCAUCUCCUUCUUAUCCUGGUUCGAUUAUUGUGACCAGCUGAUUAAAGAAGCUCAGAGGAUGGCGGCUGCCACAAUGGCCAGGUCAGUGCGGGAGAGGUUCCUGGUCGGUGUGAUAGGACCGCAGUUGAUGCAGACGUCGGAGAUCGGCAUCCUAACGGGCACGUCGCUCCUGCAUAGGAUUGUGCGGCAAGUCACAUCCGACGCCCUCCUACAACAGAUCGUCUAUUUCCUGCUGGGCGAGGAGCGGGAUCCCGAGACGCUGAGCGCGGUCCAAAAAAUUCCGCUCCGCCAUCGUCUGAUAGAACACUGCAACCACAUCUCCGAUGAGAUCAGUAUUAUGACGCUUCGGCUGUUCGAGCACCUUCUGCAGAAACCCAACGAGCACAUCCUCUAUAACCUGGUCCUCCGGAAUCUGGAGGAAAGGAACUACACAGAGUACAAGCCGCCGUGUCCGGAGGACAAGGACAUCGUGGAGAACGGGCAGAUCGCCGGAGCUGUAGAUUUGGAAGAAGACCCGAUUUUCACCGAUAUGUCCCCCGAAAAUACGCUAUCCAAAGAGUGGCUAAGCUCCUCCCCUCCCAUCACCCCGGACCACCAGAGGAAUGAUGGGAAGACAGAGGUGCACAAGAUCGUCAAUAGUUUUCUCUGCCUGGUCCCUGAUGAAGCCAAGUCCUCGUACUACGUGGAGGGCACCGGCUAUGACACUUACCUCCGGGAUGCCCACAGACAGUUCCGGGAUUACUGUGCAAUCUGCCUGCGCUGGGACUGGCCCGGCACGGCGAAGGCCAUCGAGAAGUGCAAUUUAGAGGCUCCAUUCUUCGAGGGGCAUUUCCUGAAAGUCUUGUUUGACAGAAUGGGCAGGAUACUGGACCAGCCCUACGAUGUGAAUUUACAGGUUACUUCAGUGUUGUCCAAACUGUCCCUCUUCCCUCACCCCCACAUCCACGAGUUCCUGCUGGACCCCUACGUCAACAUGGCCCCCGGGUGCCGAUCCCUCUUCUCCGUCAUUGUCAGGGUGGUGGGAGAUCUGAUGGUGAGAAUCCAGCGGAUCCCGGACUUCACACCAAAGCUUCUGCUUGUAAGGAAGAGGUUGCUGGGGUUAGAGCCGGACGGACCGAUAGUUGACCACAUGACCCUCUUAGAAGGAGUGAUUGUCCUGGAGGAGUUCUGUAAGGAACUAGCCGCCAUCGCCUUCGUCAAGUUUCACAGCUCUUCCACCCCUUGAUGUCAUCGCCGCCCUCUGAUGACGUCACACCUACGAGACCAAAUCUGUUUUUUUAUUUGUUUUUAAUCGUUGUGGAAGGACCUCAAUCAUGGAAAGAAGGGAAUAUUGACGAAAGUCUGUAGAGGUGCCCGGCGCUCGGUCGCGGCUCUCGCCUCCUCCCACGAGGGCCCGACAACCCGUGACUAAGGGCGGAGCCGCCCCUCGUUAUGCAGGAGACACUUCACCGAUCAUCUCUUCCGUUACAUUCGAGUGUUUUACAGAACUUUUUAUCGUUGCCGCGGAUACUCCUCCGUCUGUCCGACGCACAUGG